AUGGAUAAAAAUCGCGGUUAGUUUAUAUUGCUAUUCGCUUUCGAUUUAGUUUAUAUAGUUCAACGUGGAUUUCCUAAUUAUAUUUGAUAGUAAAAAGGAAACAUUUAUAUUCACCUCUUCCUUGAUAUGGUAAGAUAACCGUCGUCGAAGUAAUGUCCUCGGAUCAUGAAGAUGAAGUUGACUUGGAUACUCGUCUGAGAGCUAUCAAGCAGGAACUGGAAGAAGUUAACACUGAGCUAUCUAGACUUAACCAGCGCCGAAGAAAACUAGAGCACCUGGAAGAAAAACUGCGUAUUCAGAAGCUUCAGCUGAAAUCCAAUGAACUUGCCCAGAAGGACUGGAAUAGCCAGCAAUUUCCGUGGUCAUCGCAAGUUCGAGCCGUGCUGAAAGAUGUGUUCAACAUAAAAGACUUCCGGGCACAACAACUAGGCACAAUAAAUGCUGUGUUGUCGAAAAAGGAUGUCCUACUGCUGGCACCUACCGGCGGAGGAAAAAGUCUCUGUUACCAGCUUCCCGCUCUCGUGGUUGAUGGGAUUACACUGAUCGUGUCCCCACUGAUUUCGCUGAUGGAGGACCAAGUGUGGGCACUCAAGAAACUGGGAAUUAGGGCGGAAUACCUGUGUUCGAAUACAGAUAAGGAAACGGUUAAUAUUAUACUUAAACAGCUGCGAGAAGGGGACUGCAGUAAUUUGAAAUUACUCUACAUAACUCCUGAGCGGGUGGCAAAAAGCAAUCGAUUCAUGGCGGCACUUCAGAAGUGUUACAACGCAAAAAAGCUGACAAUGGUAUCAAUUGAUGAGGUGCAUUGCUGCUCACAAUGGGGUCAUGAUUACCGACCCGACUAUAAACACCUUUCUGUCAUAAAGACGAUGUUUCCGGAUGUUCCUUUACUAGGAGUAACGGCAACGGCUACUGCCAAGGUCAUAGCGGAUGUCCGUAAAAUGUUGAAUCUUCGCGAAUGUCUGAUUUUCAAUGCUCCUUUUAACCGACCAAAUCUCUACUAUCAUGUGCUAGAAAAACAGGCCGAUAAAACCGAACUGCACGAUAUGCUGGCUGAUCUGAUCAAGCGGAAAUACCGACAUAUGAGUGGUAUCAUUUAUACCUUUUCGGUGAAGGAUACCGAGGAACUUUCCACACAACUACUACAAAGAGACGUAAAGGUGCUACCGUAUUAUGGCAAUUUGGACCCGAAACAGCGAAGCAGAGCGCACCAGAAGUGGAUGCGCAACGAAAUUCAGGUCAUAGUUGCAACAAACGCGUUUGGGAUGGGCAUUGACAAGCCAGAUGUACGGUUCGUGAUUCAUCACACUAUGAGCAAAAGUAUGGAAAAUUUCUAUCAGGAGAGUGGUCGCGCUGGCCGGGAUGGUAAACGAUCGGAUUGUAUUUUGCUCUAUCAGUUCAAAGAUAUAUUUCGACUUUCUUCGAUGAUUUUCUCCGAGUAUGAAGGUCUGGAUAAUGUUUACUCGAUGGUGAAGUACUGCAUCAACGGAAAAGAUUGUCGCCGAAAAUUAAUUUCGCGCCACUUCGCCGAGGUAUGGGACGAUUCACACUGCGAUCGGCUGUGUGACCAUUGUUAUUAUAGGGAUAAAGUAAGACUUCCCGAACAGGAUGUAACCAAUUAUUAUCACACCCUUGUGGCCAUUCUUCGCCGAGCGGAAACGUUACAAACCAAAUUGACUCCUCUGAAACUGGUAGACGCGUGGUACCACAAGGGAAGCCCUAAGAACCGUUUGGAGGAGCCGCCCCCUCUAUUAGAUCGCUAUAUCGGGGAACAAUUGGUUGCAUUUUUAAUCGUCAAUGGUUACCUCAAAGAAGACUUCCAAUAUAACCAAUAUACCACAUUGUGUUAUAUUGCAAAAGGUUCCGCCUAUGUCGGAACAGAUGGAAUACGAUUUCAAGCAGCCCGAGUUCUCAGAAUUCCUGUGGAUUCUCUCAAAUCCCCUCCAAAAGCUGGUAGCAGUUGUAUAUCGGAUGCAGAGCUAGAAGUUAUUCCCGUAACCUCGAGCAUCAGUUCCGUGGCCGAAUCACCUAUCCGAACCAGCACUAGCAAACGCAAAAUGUCUGAGAUCAACGGAAGCGAUCGCGACGAAUGUUUUUCAAUUGGGAGCGAAACAAGUCUCAGCAGCGAAAAUAGUAUUCGCUCAGUUAAAAUAGGAAGAAAAAGUUUGGAGAAGCGUCGAGAAACAAUUUCAUCGGAAUGCGACAGUACUGAACAAAAUGUAACUAAGGUUGCGAAGCUCGUCAACAGAAGUAUAUCCAAGAAGACUCCUAGCAAGGAACUUAUAGCAGCGGAACCUACCGAUGACGAGGAUGUUCUUUUUGUUCCUAAUCAGGUAGAAGUUAUUGACAUUGAUGAAUUGUGAAACAAAUCAAUUGUGAAUCAAAUGUUUUAUGAGAUAUGAAAUUAA